AUGGUGAAUUUGAAGGGGAAACUGACAGUGUCUUCCAGCACCGCAACCUCGGUCUAUCAGAUCCGACCAGGUUGGGAAUUCAGUGUCGAAGUGCAAGGAACGAAUUUCGAUGUCAUCAACGACAAGAUCUAUUUGGUGGGACAAGGCUCCAGCUGUGGAGACUCCACAUCAGCACCUCGAGGAAGGUUCAAAGAUGGAAACGGUGCACUCCAGCCGUUGUCGACCGCAGCAGACUAUCAGACCUUGAUGUGCGACGGCAUCGGCAAGGGUCCCACCAAGUUGGUUUGCAGCGGCAUGUCCAUCCUACAGGUCGGCACCUGGACCAUCUGCGUUUGUGACGCCGAUGCCAUAGCACCUCCAAGCGCAGGUGCUGGGACCAAUGAAACGACAACAACCACUUCCGUGGCCCCCACUCCGCUGCCAUGCAACGUGCCCGAGCGCUUCUGGCUAGGUGGCCUCGGGACUGGUGUCAUGACCGUGAACGGUCCCAGGAACGAGGGCACCUUGGACUGGCGCGCUGGCACGUCAGAUCGCUUGAUUUUGCAGGGCACAGGGUUGAGCAGUGCGGAUCGUAUCCGCAUUGUGGCUGGCACAGUGGAUUGCUACGACUUCACCCAUUCCAAGCAGAUGCAUCCGGCAGUGGCCAGCGAUGUACCCUACUUGGAUCCUUCCGGGGAACGCUAUGAUGGAGACAGCACCAUGGAGAAGCUUG